CACCGCAAGUGUUCGUGGGACGGUCUCGAGGUCCCAGCUGUCCGAUUUGUGUGCGUGCCAUCACGUCAGCUAGCCAUUAGCAGAGCUAGCGCGUUAGCCUCGCUAGUUGAAUACCACAAACAAGUCGACUUUCAUCUAUUCAGCAUUUUUAACACGGUCAUCUCUAUGUAAUAUUAAAUAUUUUUAAGGAAUAUAUUCGCUUUCGAUGUCACUUUGACGUUGACAACACCUCGGUUUGUUGUUUGUCGCGAUACUAGGGUCAAAGACAAAAUGUUUUUCUAAUUGCGAAGACGCUCUCAGCUGAUUUUUCCUGGACAUGCUCCAAAAUAACCUUAUUUAUUCCCGUUUAUUUGGUAAUCUGUCAUCCAGAUUGUUACGGAUCGCUCUCUCCCGUCCCCCUUACCCCCCUUCUUAAACAGCAUGGCUCAGGAGACAAAUCAGACGCAGGUGCCAAUGCUUUGCACUAUGGGAUGCGGUUUCUAUGGUAACCCUCGCACCAAUGGAAUGUGCUCUGUCUGCUACAAGGAACAUCUGCAGAGACAACAAGGAGGGGGGCGAAACAGUCCCCCAGGUGAUAAAGCUGCCACAUCUCCUGUAGGUUCCCCAGGUGCAUCUGCAGUAACAGUGGAGUCCACCCCUGUACCCCCUACAGAAGCCGUUACCCCACCUGAAGAACGCACAUCUAGUAAUUCGACCAGCCCAGUGACCCAGCAGAUGACUGCUAUGAGCAUCUCCCAGGACACGGUAACCAAUGAUUCAGACAGAGCAGAAGUGGAGGAGGAAGAGGAGGAGGGAUCGUCUAAAAGCUCAGGGCCAGUAGGGGAGGCUGCACAGGCUUCAUCAGAUGGAGAUCAGACUCCUGACAAGAACAAAAAGAAGAAUCGAUGCUUCACUUGUAGGAAAAAAGUUGGCCUCACGGGAAUACAUGACAGACUGAAUCCACUCGCUUUUGUGUCUAUAGGCUUUGACUGUCGCUGCGGUAACCUGUUUUGCGCUAUCCACCGUUAUUCUGACAAACAUGACUGUCCCUACGACUACCGAGGAGCCGCCGCCGCCCGCAUCCGCAAGGAGAACCCCAUUGUGGUAGCUGAGAAGAUUCAGAAGUUAUGAGGACUGAUGGCUAAAUGAGCAUUGUUUGACCUGCAAGUUUUGGAACCAUGGCGCUGAAUAACACCAUUCUAAAAUGGAUUCAUUUCUUCAUUGUAGGAUAAGGUGGGUGGGGUUGUAGGGUACAGCCCCUGCUUGGCCACUCCCUAAACUAUCAUCUCCCUGUCUCUCCCGGAAGGACAGUGUAGAGGUGUGUGUGUGUGUGUGUGUGUGUGUGUGUGUGUGUGUGUGUGUGUGUGUGAGAGAAUGUGUGACUUGUUGAGAAAUAUGUGUGUGUGUUUGUUUUUUUUUUCUUUUCUAGAGAGCCAGGGAGAAGGGGGAUUGGUUGUCAGGUGGGCAUCCAUGUGGGGAGGGUGGACUCUUUAGGUUUUACCCUGGCAUUGAUUUUUGUUAGGAUAUUAACAUUAUUUUUUUAUAGGAGCCCUGAGAUGUGGGUUCAGGAAUCAUUGGAGGGGGUGGGUGGGGGGUCAUCGAAAGGAAAUUUCUCAAAACGUUGCUGAAGAAUAUAGAUUUUAAUGACUACUCCCACAUUUACCCAUGUAAAAAUCCUUUUCUGUGAUAUUCUUUUUUUCUUUAUUCUGAUUAAUUAUCCCGUCAUGUCGAAUCCCAGCCUGUGCAUUUAAAAAAUAUUUCUCUUUUAUAUAUUGACUUAUCAUGCUAAUGUUGGGUGCAUGAAUAGUUAUUGGAUGGGUUUUGAAGGGGGGGGCGGGUGGGGUGUAGCAAGAGCCUUGACAUAAGCGAGUGACUGAGUUAUUUUUUUUCUUUCCUUUUCUGUUUUAAUGAGUGUAUGGCAUCAGAAGAUCUAUAUUAAUAUAUUGUACGUAGCUUGAAUUGUGUGAUUGCAUUCUAUUUAUUUUGUAUUAUCAUUUGGUUGGUUGGUACUGGAGGAUUGGAAGCAUGUGUCCAAAAAAUUAAUUUGUAGGAAAUCCCUUAACAACAUUUUGGGCCAUUUACAUAUGCAUUUUUAACAAUUAUAGGUCCUGAUGAAGCCACAUUAGAUUAGGAUAAAAAAAAUCUUGCUUUUCAGAAUCAAAGCACAAGAACGUUCUUCAGUUUCUUCGCACAAACAAAAAGUGCAGUUAGUGUAGGAUCCUUGGUGCUGUACGGAACCUAGCAGGCCUGUUAUUUGCUAAUGCACGCCAGCGAUGAACUAUUAUUAUGACCUUUUACCUCAGAGUCGCAGAGCUUUGAGAGCAAGGUGUUUGUUAACCACCAGCAGACCAAUGAAUGAUGCUAAUGGAACCGGCUAGUAAUAUGUUUAAUAGGCGACGCCUUUCCGUUCCAAGACAUGUAUUUACAAUUAAUACCACUGUGCUUAUGAUGUCAUAGUGGAAGAUGCACACACACUUCUCCUAACAGUUAAACGUUGCAUGCUCACACAGAUAUUAGGCCAAAUGCAGUGUUUGCUAAAGCCACAUUUUACAUUGCUGCAAGAAUGUAAAACAAAACAGUGUCCCAUUGCAUGGGCAAAUAGAGCCUGCUAUCCAAACGAACAGGUUUCUUUUAGUAUCUAAUGUAAAUAUUAUAUGGCUACCGUUCUAAAUAGAAUGUUUAAGGUUUUAGAAAGAACAGGAAAGGUUCAGCAGGGAAAAAAACGUCCAUUUUGUGUGUAUGUAGUGUUUAUUAACUAUCCAUAUGUAAGGAGAAAGAUGCAAUGUGGUGUUCUCUGUCAUCCCUUGAGUGAAUCCUGUCUUUGUGCUGGUUGUGUGUUUUUAAUUACUUUGUUUGUUUGUUGUAAAAGGGCUGAAACGACCAUUUUGUAUUUAUCCUUAAUGUUGUCCAGCAAUCUUCCCCUAUGAUGUCUGUUGAUGUGCACAUUUUUCCAUGAUUCAUAUACAACCCCUUUACUUGCAAGACUUGUUGAAAGCAACUUGGUGGAUGUAACCGAUUUGAAAUCCUGGUAAUGACCUUGCUGCUUUAUUAAGGAAAUAACCUGAGCUUUAAUUAGCACUGUCUGUGAUUGCAGCAUUAUCCUCAGUGGGGCUGCCAGCUCAAGAGGGCUUUUGUGCAAGGCAGGUGUCAGUGGCUCAGAGAGCUGGCAUGUAUUCACGCCAUGCUUGGCUGAGCCGGCAUCCUGACAGCCUUUUAAUGAGGGUUUGGAUCUCACUCUUUGUCUGCAUCAUUUGCUUGAGAUUAAUCCUACCUUUCUAGGGUUUAAGUGUAGGCAUUCAGACAGGUGAAAGGCGGUGUAUGGAAAUUCGGGACUCGUAAUUUCUUGUGAGAUUGUUGUAGUGUGUGUGGGUACGAAACUGUGAAUGUAGUCAACCGCUUGACUAUGAAGCUCCAGUGGGUUGAAAGUCAGUUGGUCACCUCUAAUGUUGCCUUCAGUGUCUUAUCAGAUCAUUGGUACUAUAUGCCAGUGUAUUAUCCCUUCUAUGCUAGCAAUGAUUAACUGUCCUCAUUGCAUGUUAUUCAGCAAAAUAGUGAAGUGACUUCUUCAGAAUGCCUUGAUUUUAGUGAAGGUGUUGAGAUUUAAUUUUCUCCCAGUAGUUCAUAAGAACAUUCGGAUGGGUGACGUGAGUUUCAGCUCAGAUGUGUUCGGCAGUACAUUAACCAGCAUUUAUAGGUUAAUUUAUCAGCGUGCCCAGUCCCCCAGAGACACCACCAGAUACCUUUUUGUUUUCUUUUGAAAUUUAGGAUUGUAUGAUGUGUAUGAGUAAAUAUAAAACCAAUAAAAUCACAAAGUUUAUUUUAAAUUUACACAA